UUUGUAAAAGACGUUACAAAGACGGCUUCAGCUGAUCGUUGCUCCGGUUCUCGUAUAUACAAAUAGCAGUGUGAUGCGAUUCGUCAGAUUUCGCUGUGAAUAUCGAGGCAGAACGUAAAGUUUGCGACGGUUGGUUGCGACUCGACGAGUGUCGGCCGCGGCGGACCGUUGCGGGCAUCAACAGGCGCAUUCGGACGCAUUAACGUACGAAUGUGCAUCCGCUUGUACUGUUUGGUGCGCGGCGAGGAGGAGGACGACGGCAUCGGCAUCGGCGAGACGUCGUUCCGUGCUUCCAUUAACAUACGCAACACAGGCGUUCAACUCGCUGCAAUGCGCCAGAAGUCUAGCGAAAUUUAACAGACUGCGAAUCUCGAUUUCACCGCUGCGUUUUUCGCGAGUGCUCGCCCGCGCGUGAAUAUAUAAGUUCCUCUUGUUAAAUAAGAAACCGAUUAAAUCCUUAAAAAUAUACACGUGCGUCAUCAGUAGAAUGCCUCCAAGACGAGCAGAAGAUGUGCCUGUGAAAAGGGCGGCAGCUGCUGGUUGUAAAUUACCAAUGCAACUACCAGCAGGAGAAAUCUUGACCGAUAUUACACAAAACAAAUGGAAACUGGGGAACACUAUCGGAUAUGGUGGUUUCGGAGACAUAUACCUAGCUUCUAACGACAUUACAUCAUCUGUGGGGCAAGACGCAAAGUACGUUGUAAAAAUUGAACCUCACAAUAAUGGGCCAUUAUUUGUUGAAAUGAAUUUUUAUAUAAGAGCAGCGCGCAAACACAUGAUUGAAAGUUGGUGUAAAUCUCAGGGAAAGAGGAGAAUCGGUGUUCCUACAUAUGAGGGAUCUGGAUCUCAUAUUUAUGGGGGUCAACGAUACAGGUUUCUAGUAAUACCGCGAUACGGAAUAGACAUUGGAAAAUUAUUUCUAUCAUAUAGAAGGAAAUUUCCAACAAAACUCGUUAAUACUUUAGCUGUACAAAUGUUGGACGCAUUAGAGUAUAUUCACAGUAAGGGAUACGCUCAUGCAGAUAUUAAGGGACCAAAUAUCCUGUUGUCGUAUGGGGACAACAUAUCCGAGGCAUAUUUGGUAGAUUACGGAUUGGCGUAUCGUUUUCGCACAGGAACCGGUGGACAUAAACCAUUUGUACACGAUGAAAGGAGAGCCCACGAGGGUACUUUGGAAUUCACAUCACGAGAUGCUCAUCAUGGAACACAUUCGAGGAGAGGAGAUCUAGAAACUCUAGGAUAUAAUAUUAUACAAUGGUUAUGCGGAAAGCUACCUUGGGAGAAAGACAGUGAUGAAAUAAGUUUAAUUAUGGACCCAGAAGAAGUUCAUCAACAAAAAGAAACUCUUCUAUCAGACUUGUCCUUAUUUAUGGAUAAAUGCUUCCCUCACAAGAAAAAACCACCAGCGGCUGUCAUGAAAUAUAUGGAAUAUGUUGCCGAGCUGGAAUUUGAGACCAAGCCCAAUUACUUUUACUUGCGGAAUUUAUUUUUACACCAAGACGGCAAUAUUCCUACAUGUCUUUACAACAUGAAAGAAUCCAGCGAAAAUCUUACAACCUCUAUAUUUUUCGAGCGUCCAUAUUUGAGAGAAAGAAAACCUUGCAGGCCUGUGAACGGCGAGAUACGAAUAACACGUAAUACACAACCCAAGCGUCCAGUUCAGAAAAAAGAAUUCAGCUGGGAAGCAGUGUUAGCGUUGCACCCAGACAAACUUGCAAAAAUCAGUACUCAACCGCUCUACGCCUCUACCCAGUCCACUCCUCUCACACCGCCUAUCACACCCCCUUCGCCUUCGUCUCUUUCGCCCCGACGAUCACCGUCUCUGCCAACAUACGCAAUGUUAGAUGUACUUCGUAGAAUGAAAGAAAGGCAGUCAAGCUCAUUUAGGCAUAAAGCAACACCAAAAUCUUCAGAUAACGAACUCAAACCAAAAUGGAUGACACCAGCGAUGGAAGAAAUCGCACGACUAAGAAAAAAGAUUACCGAAUCUGUUCCUAUACUCAACUUGCAAAGUCCACGCGUAACGCGUUCACGUGUGGCGAAGUUAAAACGAUUUGGAACUAAUCAGCAACAUAAACAGAUAAAAGAUGAUUCGACUGACAGCAAGGUUACGCAUAAAAGAAGGAAAGGCUCAUCCUCCUAAACGUGUAGUAAGAGCUCGAUUAGUAUAAUAAUUGCAGACACCAUGCCUUUAAUGAAAAUGAUACCAUCGGCAUUCACUUCAAUAGGUAAAUAUAUAAUUAAGUAUUAUUCGGACAAAAUCUCAUUUAUGAACGAUGUUGUGGAACAUACAUCGCGCCAAUUUGUUUAAGACUGCUUUAUUAUUAUGAUUUGUUUUUUGAUAACGUUAUACGAUACGCAUAAGAUUUUUAAAUAGUUGUAUAGCAAGCAAGAUAGUGCUAAUAUUAGCGAAUAAUGCUGAUGUCCUCCUGUAAAACUGCGGAGAUUCAAUAGAACUAAUGAUAUUUAUAUAGGAACAUUGAUUGUGGAUAUAAUAAUAUUGCAGAAGGAUUCAAUAAUCAUUGUAUAAUUCAAGAUCACACUUACAAAUAUUACAAUUUGGUUACUAGAUUGAAUUGAUUAAAUUUUUAUAUAUACACAUAAAUUUAUGAUAAUUUCAAUCAGUUCAAUCGUCUUUGAAUAUAUAUCUACAAUCAUGUCAUCAUUUAACAUUUGUGCAUAUACAUGCAUUGAUUUUGCCGGUUUCUUCAACACUACAGCAACAUUUGCAAAAAUUCCAGUCUAUUGCGUAUUGAGAAAGAUAAUACAGUAUUCGAUUAAAAAUUGUUCUACUCGUAAACAGAAAAUUACAUAAAGUAACAAGGACACUUACACGAUUAUAUAUAUAUCACAAAAUUUUGAUUUAAAAAUAUGUGGUGCAAUAUAAAAAUCGUAAAGAAAUAUCAAAAGAAAAGUAACAUGGAUCGUGAUAACGUAUAUCAUGCUUUUUUGCUUAAAAUCUUGUUUUCCAUGACGAUUGUGUCUUUCCCUAUCGAGCUGCUCAAGAAUCAUUGUAAAAUAUUAAGGAAUUGUUCAUAUAGAUGUCUGCGUUUAAUGCGAUUCAUACGAUAAUUGAGCGGUGUGAGAGGAGAUAGUGAAAAUUUUUUCCGUGUUAGACACAUACUUUCUUUUAUUAAAAUCAACUGUAAAUACAUUUUUUUCAUUAGGAUAAUUUGUUCCGCUGAUUUAUAUAAUAACAUGCGAAAUUGUGUUUAACUUGUAUAAUAAUGCGGUACUUGCUAUGUGCAUAAAAAAAGGCAGAUGUAAUCAGUGCCGGAUUUGAGGGUGGGCGGGCAGGACAACCGCCCAGGGGCCCCCACAAACUUGAUUAAAAAGAAAAUUCGAUUAAAAAAUCUAUAUAUUUAUAUUUGAUAUAUUUUUUGAAAAUAUAUUUUGAA